AUGGCCGAACCAACGAACACGCCGAUGCCGACAGCGCCCCCGACCCCUCGCUCCACCUCCCCCGCACCACCUCUCCCACUCAUCGGCGCGGGCAGCACCAGCAACCCGCCCUCGCUCUCCUCGUCGCCCACAACCUCGUUCGCGAAGCCGUCCCUCCCUACCGGCGGCGCCCUCGGCACCAAGCCCGUCGUGCUGCACAUCGGCGACGCCAUCCGCUACAACCCGGACGCCUACAGCGCCUUCACCACCGCCUUUGAGGUCAUACGGCCCAGCGCGGCCGAGCGGUCGCGGGAUGCUUUCAUGGCCGCCCUGCGCGAGCGCCGCUGGGGCGACUUCUCGGCCAUCUUCCGCCCGUUCUGGGGCACCGGCGGCGAGAUGGGCCAGUGGGAUGCGGAGCUCAUUGCGCUGCUGCCGCCAAGCGUGCGGGUGUUUGCGAGCGCGGGCGCCGGGUUCGAUUGGGCGGAUGUGAAGCUGCUGGGGGAGACAGGCAUAAUCUACUGCAACGCCGGCCUAGCCGCCUCCGAAGCCGUCGCCGACUUCGCCGUCGCCCUCAUCAUCAGCACCUUCCGCAUGCUGCCCUACCUCAUAACCUCCGCGACGUCCGCCGCGACCUUCAGCGCCGCCCACGACAGCGCGACGGCGCAGUCGCACAACCUGCGCAGCCACGUGCUCGGCCUCGUCGGCCUCGGCAACAUCGGCCAGCAGAUCGCCCACAGGUGCCGCGCCGGCUUCGGCAUGGAGGUCGCGUACUACGACGUCGAGCGCAAACCAGCCGACGUAGAGGCGCGCCUGCAGACGCGGUACUGCGAGUCGCUCGAGGCGCUCGUGCGGGGCGCCGACUGCGUCGUCUUGUGCACGCCUUCGGGCGCCGGGCGGUUGAUCAAUAAGGAGAGUCUGGCGUGGUUCCGGCCCGGGGCGCGAUUCGUGAAUAUUGCGCGCGGCACGCUAGUUGACGAGGAGGCGCUGGCGGAUGCGCUGGAGGAAGGGCGGGUCAGUAACAUAGCGCUGGACGUGCACGCGAAUGAGCCCGAGGUGAACGCGCGGCUGAAGGCGUUUGCUGGCACGCGGGCGCUGCUGACGUGCCAUAGUGCUGGCGGGACUGUCGAGACGCAUAUUGGGUUUGAGGAGCUGAGUAUGCGGAAUAUCACGGCCGUGCUGAGCGGAGGGGAGGCGGUUACGUCGGUUAAUCUAGAGUGGUUGCGGAAGUCGUGA